AUGUCUAGUUGUCAAUUAAAUAGUGCUACCUCUACGGCAUUUGCUCCUGCUAGAUCAGAGGAUCCAGCAUGGUCCCAUGCACGUGUAGUGCCAGGAGCAAGAAAUAGUACUCAAUGUCUUUAUUGUAGCAAAAUCAUUAGAGGUGGUGGAGUCACGAGGUUGAAGCAUCAUCUAGGUGGGAUUUCAGGUGAUGUAGAAGCAUGUAAAAAAGUCCCUGAUGAUAUAAAAUGGCAAAUGAAAGAGUUGGUCAAUGAAAUGAAAAAAAACAAAGAGAAGAAAAGAAAACUAAGCUUAGAGAUUGGAUGUGGAAGCCCUGUAGAUUUAACAUAUGAUGAUGUUGAUGUUGGCGAUGAUGAGUAUGAGGGAGGGAGUCAAGGACCCGUUCAUGAUUCAAAGGGGAAGGGGAAGGAGAAAGUAGGUGGAAAGUCAACGGGGCCAUUUAGUAGAUUUUUUGCUCCAAGAACAAGUCCUGGCUCUCAACCUUCUAUUAAGAGUGCUAUGUGUUCAAAGGAAAUGAUUGACAAAGCAAAAAUGGCUAUAGCAAAUUGGUGGUAUGAUGCUAAUUUACCUUUCAAUGCAUCUCAAUCUAAAUUUUAUCAACCAGCUAUAGAUGCUAUAGCUGCCAUCGGGCUAGGAUUCAAGGGUCCUUCUUUAUAUGAGUUGAGAGGAAAUUUCUUGAAGAAUUCUGUGACUGAGGUUCAGAAUUAUCUCUUAGAUAUUAAAACAUCUUGGAGGGAUAGUGGUUGUUCACUAAUGGCAGAUGGUUGGACAAAUCAGAGGCAACAACCAAUAAUUAACUUUUUGGUUUAUUGCCCAAAAGGUACAAUAUUUUUGAAGUCUAUUGAUACAUCGGGCCUUAGAAAAGAUGCUGAAACAUUAUUUAAAAUUUUUGAUGAAGUUGUUCAAGAAGUUGGGGUGGAGAAUAUUGUGCAAUUCAUAACAGACAAUGAUGCGAGUUAUAAGGCUGCAGGAAAAAAGUUACAACAAAAGUAUGGCUCUUUCUUUUGGUCCCCUUGUGCAGCUCAUUGUAUAUAUUUGAUGUUAGAGAAUUUUUGUGAUCCCAGACAUUUUCCUAUUAUUGAUGAAACUAUAAAGAAGGCAAGGAAGAUAACGAAAUUCAUUUAUAACCAUGCUUGGGUUUUGGCUUUGAUGAGAAAGGACUUCACCAAAGGUCAUGCAUUUAUGUCGCCCUGCAGUCACAAGGUUUGCUACAAAUUUUUUAAGUAUCCAAUGCUUACUGUUGUUUAA